AUGGUGCAGUGUCGAGAGGCCUGCUUUGCCACCCGUCUGCGGCCCUUGACCUUGGCCGACUUCGAGCUCCACUACUGCCUCUCCAACGCAACUACCAUCCUCGACAUGGUGUACUACAUGCCUCUCAACGUCGGCAGGGCUGUCUACAGCAGACGCGACCGCUGGCAGCGCCAAAUCUGCAAUCUGCUCACCGACACUUCGGUGGCCGACCCCAGCUGCAGCAAGAGGUCCAAGUGGCGACUGGUGCGGUCCAAGACGUACGGGUGCAACGUGCCGUACUGCACGCAGUCCAAGCAAGGACUCGCUGCUAUUCUCGCACAUCUGGCCGAGUGCCACCGCCUGCCCGUCGUCCGAUGCGCGGGCGAGCUCGUCUAUGGCGGCUUCAAGCAGGACGAACGGAUCUACGAAUUCGAUUCCGAGGCCUCUGCCGAUGACGGCCUCCUGCGUCUCGCCGGCCACAGCGCCGAGCUCACCGAUUGA